AUGUUGAUAUGUUAUCUUGGGGUACUGAUAUCGUCCUCAAACAGCCUACCUCUCUCAACAAACAAGAGAUGGAUCGUGGACGAAGCAACAGGGAAACGUGUGAAACUAGUUUGUGCUCACUGGGUUGGUGAUCUUUCUCCAAUGGUGGUCGAGGGUUUAGACAAAUCGCCACUGAAUGAUAUUGUUCAUCAGUUCCAUGAUAAAGGCUUUAACUGCGUUCGUCUCUCUUAUUCAACCUACUUGUUCACUCGUUAUGCCAAUCAAACUGUUGCGGAAACCCUAUCUGGUUUGGAUCUACCAGAGGCCACUAAAGCCGCCAUAGCCAAACACAAUCCUUGGGUCUUGAACACGACUCAUCUUGAGGCUUAUGAAGCUGUGGUUGAUGCCUUGGAUAAAAAUGGCGUUAUGGUCACCAUUGAUAAUCAUGUUAGUCUCCCAGAUUGGUGUUGUGGUAAUGAUGAUGGUAAUGGAUUCUUUGGAGAUCGACACAUUGACCCUCAGGAAUGGCUUCGAGGCUUAUCUUUUGUGGCCACCUACUUCAAGGAAAAACCCCAUGUAGUAGCUGUUGACUUGAGGAAUGAGCUAACAAAUGCACGACAAAGCAAGCAUGAUUGGUACGAGUACAUGAGGAAAGGAGCAAGAACAAUUCACGAAGCAAACCCUAAAGUGUUAGUUAUUGUGGUUAUUGCAACCGUUCCUACUCCCUUCUAUGCAAUUUAA